UGCAAAUCCUAGUAUUAUUAUCCUUGAGAUGUUUAAAUAUCACGAAAAUUCUCGUUUUAAAUCUAAUUCGUUUGUAAACAUAUAAAGUUGUAAUACAAAAGUUUUCAAUUUGCGGAAAACCUCCGGAUAUGCCAGGUCAAAGUAUUUCAGAAGCAGCGUGGUUAGUUAAAAACCAAGUGUGUGCGUUUAAAGACGAUUUAAAAGCAAAUAGGGAAAAUCAUCCUUUUUACCAUGUCAAAGCAGAAGAUUGUCGGAUAUCUGAAGAUUGGCGAGAAACUUUAAAAGAAAUGGAUAAAUACUUGGAGACUUACGAAGAAGAGAAUUGCUCGAAUCAAGAAGAAGAAAGCCGCAUUAAAAUAAUAUCUCGCUUAAAUAAAACGGAGAAUAUUUUUGAUAUAAAUGAAUCUUCGAAUGACAGUAUUUCACAGUAUGACGAAGCAGAAAACUUAUCGCCUGUGUAUGAUAUUAUUCACAGUAAGUCGACUACGCAUACUUGUAAAAACAACUUGACAAUGACAAACUAUUUAAAAUUACAACCACCAUUUCCAGUAGCAACAUCGUUGUUAUCAGUGGUUAAAAAGCAAAACGAUUCUUUAUUUUAUAACAAUCUUUCGCCAUUAUACUCGCAAAGCACUUGUUGGUCACAAAAAAAAAUUUCUCAAAGAGAAAAUCAAUUUUUAAACUUAGAUUCUGAUGAACUUGAAUUGAACAUGAACUGCUACCAUGAACAAAAUGUUGAAGAAAACGAAUUAAAAAAUAAGCAUGGUAACCAUGCUGAAUUGAACUUGAACUGUUACCAUAAACAAAAUGUUAAAGAAAACGAAUUAAAAAAUAACCAUGGUAACCAUGCUAGUUUACCAUCUUUCUUUUCGCCUUCACUUUCGUUGGAGGAAAAACGCAACCACAACCUUAUGGAUAUAUCAAAAAGACGAAUACACAGUUGUAACUACAAUGGAUGUAAUAAAGUUUAUACAAAAUCUUCUCAUUUAAAAGCACAUGUACGGACUCACACAGGCGAAAAACCAUAUAAAUGCUCUUGGGAAAGCUGCACUUGGAAGUUUUCACGAUCAGAUGAACUAACCAGACAUUAUAGAAAACAUACUGGAGCGCGUCCAUUUAAAUGUCAUAGUUGCGACAGGGCAUUUAGUCGUUCCGAUCAUUUGGCUUUGCACAUGAAAAGACACUAAAACAAUUUAACAGCUUGCAGUAGUUAUAAUCGGCCUAAAUUUUUCAGCGCCAAAUUAAAAUGUUCGUAGGUUAUGCAAAUCAUUUAAGUGGUGAGACAAAGUUUAAGAAAGUUAUAAAAAAGAAAGUUUGAACUCUUUUUAAUAUUCUACUUCAUUAAACAUGCUAUAGAUAGAAACGAAAACAAUUUUAUAUACUACAUAUAUAUAUAUAUA